GAAAAGUUCACAAUAUGCUCUGGAGUCUUCCUAGCGCUUAUUUUUUAGCUUUGAUAUUUUAAUGAAGAAAGGGGCAGUAACAUACAAAAUGGAGUUAUAGAAAACAUCAUGUUAGCGUUAAUACUAAGUAAAUUCUUCAGAGUAACUUAAUAAAUGUUGAGAAGUGAUAAGCAAAUGGUGAUAGCAACUCGUAAAAUAUUAGACUUUUACGACCUAGGAAAACGCUUUUACGGAUUUCGAACCCCCUCAAGAAAAAUUCUGGGUACGGGCCUGGUUACCACUACAUUUUUUAUCAAGGACAAUGCGUAUUAUGACUCACAAAGUCAAGCUUUCUUUUAAGAACAACGCUUGAUUGAUGAUAGUUCUUUUAGAUUAUUGUCACUACACAACAACCAGUGAUACAUUAAGGCUGGAUAUUAUUUUUGAUUUUUUUGGGAUCUCUAAGAGCUGUGAAACACCUUGACGAUUGAAAUAACUUAGGCUGCUAUCUUGGUAUGUUCAAGCUUUAUUAUUUAUAUAACGCAAAAGGCUGGGUUCGCUUAUAUUAUUUGAGCAAUUGUCGUAACGCGAAAAUAAUGCUGUCGCAGCGUCACUAAAUGUUUGACUUAUAUUUGAAAUUAACCGUAGUAACCUAUGUAUGGGAAGCACUUAUUUAGUUUGUGCUCUAAAAUAACUUAAAAUCAAGCUGCGUCAGAGCGUCUGCCCUGAAGAAGUCUUAUUAAAGAUGAACAUUUGGCAGAGUCGAAUACCAGUUUUUGGUGUAUAAUAUUAUAUAUAUGGAUAAAUACAGUAGCGGGAAAAACUACGGUUUGGAGUAGAGGGAAAAUAACAAAUAGUGGAAAAGAUCGCUUAUUUUCAAGUAUAGACUUCUUCUUUAAAUAGGUCUUAAUUUUAGCUAAACCAACACUAACAGUAACAAAGAACAAAUAUAGGCAAUCUUUUUAGAGUUGAAGAUUUAUUAACGAAAAAGACAUGCCUCAAUUUUAAUGGAGGAUAUUUUGAGGGCUCACUUUUUUUUAAAUAAGCAAUUAUGGGGCUCUUGUUUCGAAGAGAGGACUUAAUAAAAGCUGUAUUGUAUUUGCAUAAGGGGGGCGGCACGCAAUUUGGCACAGAAAGCGAACGAAACUCAACAAAUGGUCAUUGUGCAUUUAGCAUUAGUGACACUUAAAUUCCUCGUCCAAAAUAAUGACCAAUCGAGUGAAAUACCGAGCGGGCACCAGGCCAUUAAAUACACGUUGACAUCGGAACAAGCAUUAUUAUAUUAGAGAAAAAAGCAAGUGGCCGAUUAUAAUUAAAACAUAACACUAUUUGACUGUUUUUGUGACCACGGAACAAAACAAUAUUUAAAACUAUUUAAAAUAAACAAGGUGUUAGAUGCUCAAGAACUGAGAGUAAAGAGCCAUUUGUUAAGGUGGCGCAUAAGUUAGCGUUUGUUUAUCUUCAUUAAAACCUCUAUUAGCCGUGUGUAAAAAAAAAAAAUAACAAAAACGUGCGUAAGCAUACAUUCAUGAAUAUUUCACUAGGGAUGCAAACAUCUUUAUUUUUAAUGACAUAAUCAAUAUACCACUUAGCCAUCGAUGGUGGUAAGAGGGAAUGACGAAUGCUUGACUUUCUAUAAUAAAAAUGAAAAUGUUAUUUGCUAUUAAUAACCCGCGACAAUGUGUAUCUUGCGUCCAGGGCAUCUUACUCGAACAGCGUAUAUAUAAAUAUAUAUACCGCUGACAUAGCAGUCUGCGGUUUCCGCCUUUGUUUACCACAGGCUUCCCUCUGUGUCUUUUGUUACUUGUACCUGCUUUGUCAAAACCCCUGAUUAAAAACUUGAAAGAAUGUUCGGAAAAAAAUAUUAGUUAGUGCGAAAUUAGAUUGUGUGUUUAACGAAAUUGCGGGAGCUCUAUGGAGCCGGUAUUUUAUUUAGUUUAGUCGAACUAAUAUAAAAUUUCGUUGCGGUGACGUGCACGUUGUUCCACAUACCCCCAAAUAAAAACAACGGAUUCUAUUGCUUACUCACUGGAUGUUUUAGAUCUAUAAUUGAUUAAGUUAAUCAAGUCUCUGUCAUUGGAAGGAAUUAACGAUAGUAUGUCGUACUGUGGGUAUACAAAGUCUCACCAGACCGACAAGCGGGCGAUCAGCGAGUUGUCUAGAGUGUCUCUUUGUUUUCAAGGAUUUCUAAGUGAUGAAAAAAUGAGUUGCUGAGUACAGCCUCAAAGCCCAAAAGUCAGGAAAGACUCUACGCAUAAACAACAUACUGCGAGAAUGCCGUGGAGAAAAACACACUAGUCAGGAAUUAUAUACGAGAAGCUUGCCGUUAAACGGGAAUGUGUAACGGGAAUGCGUGACAGGAAUGUCAAGUGACGUCACGUGCAUCACGUGAGCUAAUGGGGCGCAUCACGGUGCGAUGGGUCGUUACCAGGAUAACCGUGGUGUUUCUGGUCCUUGGGGUGUUCCAGCUUGUCACGUACAUCGGGCUGGACGGUUCUGUGCUCCGACACUUAGAGUGCACAAACCCAGCUCCGACUACACGGAACCCUGGCAAGAUGCGGGAGGACCAGCGCUAUCCUACCUUACCAGUAGUUACGAAAACACCUGCGCAUACAAACGCACCCAUAACAAGCCUACACGACUCGCAAUUGGCAGAUUCCGAGAGACGGAAAUUGGCCGCGGAUUUGAAAGGACUGGCGCUGGCAUUGAUGGAGACUCAGAGAACUGUUGUGACGUCACUUCCUGUUUAUCAUCGCAUGGGUGAACACGUGACUUCGAUAAAUAGGAUUCUGGACUCGAUACACGUGCGGCGUGUACAAAACGCCAACUCGUUCAACCCAGCUGAAGGAAGAACAGGGCAGGAGAGAAAACGAGAACAAGAAAUUUGUCCCGAAACAUUCCAAGGGAAGAACCUAGCCCAUGGGUACCCGUGGUUCCGUACGGGAUUCGCGCGGGACAACUGUACAGACUUUAAGCCGAUUAAUAGACUCAUCACUAUAAUACUACACCUACCUGGGAAACAACAAAAGCCCCAUGUAGAGAGGAUAUUGGCAAAUAUCGCGAAGUAUUACCCGGGUAUGAGGGUACAUGUUAUGACAGACACCAAGCUAACGCUAUCUGUUUCUAAUAUUGAUAUUUUAUUAGUACAAGGAAUCGAUGACUCAGCGCAAGGGGCAUUAUGGGACAAAAUGAUCAGGACAGUCAAUACCCCGUAUGUAUUUUGUGCCAGCAACGUAACACACUUUGAUGACGAUAUCGAUCUCGAGAGAUUAGUUCGAGAGUUGAGUACCAACGAAGAGGUGGUCAUCGUUGGUGGGAGUCACAGGGACCAGAAAGGGAGAUGGGAUAUCGGCUGCCAACAAACUUUGUUCCGUAACUGGACGAUGUACCACCGAGGAGGGUACUAUUACUCCUUCCAAGACUGCCUUGUAUGUGAUUAUUUGUCCGGGCCAUGGGCGGCUAAGACGGACGUUCUACAACAAAUUGGGUUUGACGAAAGUCUUCCAGGCGGAGCAUUUCAUGACCUGUUUUGGCGUCUCAAGCGCUCAACCCCUCGCCGCCUCUCAUUAUCCUGUCCCGAUGUCAUGUUCAACAUCUACACCUCACCCGUUUCCGAUCAAGCCUACGUGGACUUUGCCCGGAAGUGGGAUAUCAAGAAAUGGCUGGAUCCUGAUGGUAGGGUCCGGUGGUACGGGUGCAGGCGUGGCCACGAGUACACGUCUUCAAGCAGUACUUGUAGUUUGACCAAGAGCUUGGCGGUGCCCCCGUGCGAUCUGGAGAACCUCGCCGACGCCAUCAAGUUUGUCAUGAAGGAGUGUGAGAACGCGGGUUUAUUCUGUGAGCUUCAGGAAGGCACACUUUUAGGUGCUGUGAAGCUUAACAAAGUUUUACCAUGGGAACGCGACGCGGAUAUUACCUUCCUCACAGCAAACUACACAGCGUUCAAAAAACUUGGACCGAAAUUCAAAGAACAGGGUUACUCAAUAAGUGAUGAUGAUGCCUCUCUGUGGUGUUGUGUCGACGGGCGACAAGCAGGUGGCAAGUUCCGUAUCUCGACCUCGCGGUUCACGAUAGAGAUGUACGGUCAGCAUAUGAUGGAGUCUGAGCUACUGGUGGCCAGCGGUCAACAACCCACCAAGGUGGACUUUGCUGGGAUGUUAGUCAAUGUGGUCCGUAAUCCGGGCAUGUACGCCCGUAAUCGCUACGGUCCGAACCACUUCCGACACGAGGAGCACUGGAUGGAUAUGGGACGGGAGACCGGCUGGUCCUUCUACAAUCCAGGCAAAUUUACCAAAUGCACUGAACCUGGUCAUUCCGCUUGCCUGGACCAGUACCCUGCUGAUGGUAACUUACAGUUUAGUGACUACACCACCAUGUAGCACUUUGUCUGGUCAAUUAUCCUGGACUACUUUAGUUGGUAACCUACAGUUUAGUGACUAUACCACCCUGUAGCACUUUGUCUGGUCAAUUAUCCUGGACUACUUUAGAUGGUAACCUACAGUUUAGUGACUAUACCACCCUGUAGCACUUUGUCUGGUCAAUUGUCCUGGACUACUUUAGAUGGUAACCUACAGUUUAGUGACUAUACCACCCUGUAGCACUUUGUCUGGUCAAUUAUCCUGGACUACUUUAGAUGGUAACCUACAGUUUAGUGACUACACCACCCUGUAGCACUUUGUCUGGUCAAUUGUCCUGGACUACUUUAGGUGGUAAUCUACAGUUUAGUGACUAUACACCACCCUGUAGCACUUUGUCUGGUCAAUUGUCCUGGACUACUUUAGAUGGUAACCUACAGUUUAGUGACUAUACCACCCUGUAGCACUUUGUCUGGUCAAUUAUCCUGGACUACUUUAGAUGGUAACCUACAGUUUAGUGACUACACCACCCUGUAGCACUUUGUCUGGUCAAUUGUCCUGGACUACUUUAGGUGGUCAUCUACAGUUUAGUGACUAUACACCACCCUGUAGCACUUUGUCUGGUCAAUUGUCCUGGACUACUUUAGUUGGUAAUCUACAGUUUAGUGACUACACCACCCUGUAGCACUUUGUCUGGUCAAUUGUCCUGGACUACUUUAGUUGGUAAUCUACAGUUUAGUGACUACACCACCAUAUAGCACUUUGUCUGGUCAAUUGUCCUGGACUACUUUAGUUGGUAAUCUACAGUUUAGUGACUACACCACCAUGUAGCACUUUGUCUGGUCAAUUGUCCUGGACUACUUUAGAUGGUAAUCUACAGUUUAGUGACUACACCACCCUGUAGCACUUUGUCUGGUCAAUUAUCCUGGACUACUUUAGUUGGUAACCUACAGUUUAGUGACUAUACCACCCUGUAGCACUUUGUCUGGUCAACUGUCCUGGACUACUUUAGUUGGUAAUCUACAGUUUAGUGACUACACCACCCUGUAGCACUUUGUCUGGUCAAUUGUCCUGGACUACUUUAGAUGGUAAUCUACAGUUUAGUGACUAUACCACCAUGUAGCACUUUGUCUGGUCAACUGUCCUGGACUACUUUAGUUGGUAAUCUACAGUUUAGUGACUACACCACCAUGUAGCACUUUGUCUGGUCAACUGUCCUGGACUACUCUGGGUGGUAACCUACAAGUUAGUGACUAUGGUCAGCUUGCCCAGGAAAGGCUGUUUAGCGAUCGUUGUGUGGUUUGCUUCCAAAAUGUCGCUUGCUCUACAGGAUAGGGGUGCAAUCGGACUCUGCAAUUCCCUUAGUCUCCCUUAGACUUUUUUAUUACUCUAAUUCUUUAGUACUUAAACAGGCUAUUUUAGUGCCUGAAUUUCAUAGUACUUGUCUUAUGGUCUAAUGGUCUCUUGUAUUAUGAUCACCAAGACUGUGUGUAACAUUUACAAGUCAUUUGCGAUGAAAGACUUUUUAAAGUUAUAUUAUAAUGGUAUUUAAAUGACUGUUUUUUAAUAAAGAAAUAGGCGUUGUGGUGUCAAAACUUAA